UGUACUAUAGGUAAUCAAUCCACUGUGUAAUGAGUGCAAGCAAGUACAUCCCUUGAUUUCUGCUCGUAGCAAAUAAGCCCAAUUGAUCCAUCGGUGCUUGACCUCAUCCCACUAAUGUGCCUGAGAUCUGGCUGGGCCUGUGUGCGAUCCACAGGCCCCCCCCCCAGCGCAGCUUACCUACAAGGUACGAACCAGCACCUUACCCGCUGGUGGCCCUUGCAUCUUAUCGGCGGUCUUCCUAGUCGCAGUUGCAGCCGCAGUCACAGUUGCAGUCCCGGUCCUCUCGCGUUGUCCUCUUUUAAUGCCUUUCUCCCCACCCCACUGUUCACUCCUCUUACCCAUCCCUUCCAAUUCCCAUUCCCCGACCAAACGGCUUUCCCAAUUGCCGCCCGCUGGCGCAGAGACAGUCACACAGCGCAAGAGGGAAAGAAAGAGGAUAAAGGUAUCAAAAAAUCGGCCCCGGUUCCAUUGAGAGAGAGAGAGAGAGACCACGCUCUCAUACACGUAGCCGUACAGUACGCCAGCACACCAAGCACGGGCACACGGCACGAGAUCGUCAUCCGGCAAAGCAAGCAAGAUAUCCCCAUCCGUACACUACGCUAGACCACAUCAAAAGCCCACACUCGCUCGGGGCGCGACGGAGUCCGACCAGGAACCGCUGCAACAAAAAACAAAAAAAUAGGGGCGGAUUGGA